AUGGGUCGUACAAGAAUACGAAAGGGCUGUCAUAUUUCGCUUAGAUUUGUCAGGGCCGACUCUCUGGAGGCGGCGCUAAAGGACCUGCCGCAAGAGGUGCUGACUAAAGACUCGGUGACAGUUAGUGUCGAUGCCGUCAUAUAUUAUCGCAUUUGGUUACCAACAAUUGCCAUCGCAAACGUACAG